GCUCCACAAACCGGGCGGGCCAGUACACGAUGGAAGUUAGUGCCGGCCGGUCGUGUGCGUAGCUUCGCGAGUGAUGUCGCAGCAUGGUCGCUGCGCGUGCCUUGUUGUGGUGCCUGUGCCUGAUCGCAGUCGGGACCCCGGCCGCCUCCCGCGGACACGGACGACAACACCACGCUCCCUCACGACACAAACAUUCGGAAUUCGUUAAAGGAAAAAUAUGCAUCGGGACAAAUGGUCGGAUGUCGGUGCCGUCGAACCGCGACACCCACUACAGGAAUCUUCGCGACCGAUUUACCAAUUGCACGUAUGUCGACGGAAACCUCGAGUUGACAUGGCUGCAAAACGAAACUAUGGACUUAUCAUUCCUGAAAUACAUAAGAGAAGUGACCGGGUACGUGCUGAUAUCGCACGUGAACGUACGACACAUUGUGCUACCGCAAUUGCAGAUCAUCCGUGGACGUACGCUAUUCAAACUGAAUGUGAGAGAGGAAGAAUUUGCUCUUAUGGUCACUAUGUCGUCUGCAUUCACUCUUGAGCUGCCCGCUCUCCGCGAUGUGCUGCGAGGAAGUGUUGGAAUUUAUAACAAUUAUAACUUGUGCCACGUUAAAACUAUAAAUUGGGACGAAAUAAUUACGGGUGCCAAUGCUACUUAUGUGUAUGUAUAUGAUUUUGCUGCUGCAGAAAGAGACUGCCCGCGUUGUGAUAGCAGCUGCGAGGCCGGUUGUUGGGGAGAAGGACCCGAAAACUGCCAAAAAUUUUCCAAAACUAUAUGCAGUCCUCAGUGUGCUCAAGGACGAUGCUUCGGGCGAAACCCUCGCGACUGCUGCAACGCAUUUUGUGCCGGCGGCUGUACAGGACCUCUACCUAGCCAAUGUCUUGCCUGCAGAAAUUUCUACGACGAAGGUACAUGUUCUCAAGAAUGCCCGCCUAUGCAAAUCUACAAUCCUACAACUUAUUCUUGGGAGCCAAAUCCAAAUGGAAAAUAUGCGUACGGUGCCACUUGUGUUCGCAAUUGUCCAGAACAUCUGCUAAAGGAUAAUGGAGCAUGCGUGAGAAGCUGUCCUCCGAAUAAGACUGCAGUCAACGGAGAAUGUAUUCCAUGCAAUGUGACUUGUCCGAAGACAUGUCACGCAGAAAAGCCAAUACAUUCUGGCAAUAUCGACAGUUUUAAAGACUGCACUAUUAUUGAUGGAUCUAUUGAGAUUUUGGAAAUGACGUUUACGGGAUUUCAACACAUAAACUCAGAUUAUUCGUUUGGCGAGCAUUAUGCCAAGAUGGAGCCUCACAAAUUAGAGGUGUUCAGCACAGUGCGCGAAGUGACCGGUUAUCUGAAUGUUCAAGCUCAUCAUCCUAAUUUUACUAGCCUCUCUUACUUCCGCAAUUUGGAAGUGAUAGGAGGACGCCAAGUCGUUGAAAACCUCUUUGCUUCUCUCUACAUAGUAAAAACUUCACUGAAGUCUCUUGGAUUAAAAUCACUAAAACGAGUGAAUUCUGGUGCUAUAGCCAUCAUGGAAAAUAAAUAUUUAUGUUUUGCGGAAAAAAUUGCCUGGAACAAGCUUGUCAAGUCUAAAGAUCACAAGCAAAUAAUACAAAACAAUAGUGACCCGGACACUUGUGAAAGCGCAAAUUUGGUGUGUGAUCCUCAAUGUUCUGCGGACGGCUGCUGGGGCCCCGGACCAGAUCAAUGUCUUACCUGUAAAAACUACCAGUAUGACGAAAUGUGCCUUCAAAACUGCAGUGUUGUGCCUGGGUUAUACAAUGAUGGGCCCAAGAGCUGCAAAGAAUGCCACCCAGAAUGCAAAGAUGGCUGUAAUGGACCAACACGAGCUAAUUGUACAAGUUGCAAACAUGUACGUGAUGGCCCUUACUGCGUUAGCGAAUGUCCGGACUCAAGAUAUACCUCUGAUAAUGCUACUUGCCAACCAUGCCAUAGGAACUGCUUUAAUGGAUGCACAGGACCAAAUAAUACCGUCGGUGAAGGAGCGUGCAAUUCCUGUAAGAAAGCUAUUAUCAGCGUCGAAGCUACAGUUGAAAGUUGCCUAAGCGAAAACGAACCAUGCCCUGAUGGAUAUUACAAUGAAUGGGUUGGUAAUGUAAAACCUCUCGAAGGGAAAGUAAAAGUUGUUUGCCGUAAAUGCCAUCCUAGAUGCAAAAAGUGUUCCGGUUUUGGAAUACACACCCAAGUCUGUUCCCUGUGUAAUGGCUAUAAACGAGGAGACCAGUGUGAAGACGAAUGUCCGGCGGAUCACUUCACAGACGAAGAGACCAUGUCAUGCAUACCUUGUCACCCAGAAUGCAAAGGUUGUAAGGGAACAUCUUCCACAGACUGCAUUAAAUGUAAAAAUCUAAAAGUGUUUUUGUCGCCGGAUGAGCCUGAGAAUCAACACCUUUUCAAUUGCAGUGAUACUUGUCCAUCACAUGUACCACACAAAAUUUAUUUCGACGCUUCAUUAAAUCGACUAGACGACGCUUAUUGCUCCACGCAUACUCAUGGUACCCCAAAUGGCAUGGUAUCUGCCAAAAUUCCCACAGUACUUGUAAUAGCUUUGGUUCUUGGAUGUAUAUUGUUAGUGAUUUUCGGAAUAAUAGGAUACACAUGCAGACAGAAAGCCAAAGCAAAUAAGGAAGCAGUUAAGAUGACAAUGGUUUUGACUGGUUGUGAAGACAAUGAGCCUCUGCGCCCAACCAAUGUAAAACCGAACUUGGCCAAAUUAAGAAUUGUAAAAGAAGUUGAAUUAAGGAGAGGGGGUAUGCUCGGAUUUGGAGCUUUUGGUAAAGUAUACAAGGGCGUAUGGGUACCAGAAGGUGAAAAUGUAAAGAUACCGGUAGCCAUCAAAGUUUUGAAGGAUGGAACAGGUGCUAACACUAGCAAAGAAUUUUUAGAAGAAGCUUACAUAAUGGCUAGUGUUGAACAUCCCAAUUUGCUGCAAUUGCUAGCCGUAUGCAUGACUAACCAGAUGAUGCUCAUUACCCAAUUGAUGCCGCUUGGUUGUCUACUUGAUUACGUGAGAACUCACAAAGAAAAAAUUGGAUCCAAGGCAUUUUUGAAUUGGUGUACACAAAUAGCUCGUGGUAUGUCUUAUCUUGAAGAAAAGCGACUGGUCCACAGGGACUUGGCUGCCCGUAACGUACUUGUACAAACACCGAAUUGUGUCAAAAUAACAGAUUUCGGACUAGCUAAGUUACUCGAAGUGAACACAGACGAAUAUAAGGCAGCUGGUGGUAAGAUGCCAAUCAAAUGGCUCGCUCUGGAGUGCAUUCAGCACAGAAUUUUCACGCACAAGAGUGAUGUCUGGGCUUUUGGUGUGACUAUCUGGGAGAUUCUAAGUUAUGGAGCACGUCCUUAUGAAUCCAUAUCUGCACGAAAUGUUCCUGAACUGAUCGAAAAUGGUCUGAAACUGCCACAACCCAGCAUUUGCACUCUAGAUAUAUACUGCAUAAUGGUAUCCUGCUGGAUGCUUGAUGCCGAUAGUCGCCCCACGUUCAAGCAACUAGCCGAUACAUUCGCAGAAAUGGCAAGAGAUCCAGGCAGAUACUUGGUCAUACCGGGAGACAAGUUCAUGCGAUUGCCGUCCUACUCCACCCAGGAUGAAAAGGAAUUAAUUAGAAACCUGUCGUCGGCAAUGGAAGGCCCUGAGUCUCUAGUCGAAGCUGACGAAUAUUUGCAGCCCAAAUUCAAAUCUGGUCCGAGUAACAACACUACAAUUUCUGUCAUAGAAGUUCACCAGAACUCUAUGAAACCUUCGGCUACUUGGCCAACCGGCGGUCCAACCACCGAUUGCGGAACUCCAGACGGGGCUAGCAAACCAGAGACGUGGGACCACGAGCUCCUGCGAUACAACCAAGCAAACCCUUGCGGCGAGGGCACUGAGCUUCGACAUUAUUACAACAACGGCGUCUGCGCGUCCGAUAGCUCGAGCUCAAGAUACUGCAGUGAUCCUAUGAAAGGAAGGCCAGAAAUCUGCGAAACUAAUUUCGACAACAUGUCGAAAGUCAAGGAAGCGCAAGUUGGAAAUUUAAAGCUAAACCUGCCGCUGGACGAGGACGACUACUUGAUGCCUUCACCACAGCACACGCAGAACGCUUCCACAUACAUGGACUUGAUAGGCGAAGGUGGUGAAAAUCAGGAGGGAAUUAAGGACUUGCGAUUCAGUGGUUUUGUGGGAAAACGAUGCGUUGACAACCCUGAGUAUUUAAUGUCGGAGGAAAACGUAUUACCACAGACUUUGGGAAUUCCGACGGAACCAGUGCCGAUGGAGUCACUGUGUAUGAGUGAGGGUAGCGGCAGCGAGUCGACGCCGCGGCCAAGCACCAGCAAGUACCUGCCGCAGCGCUCGGUGGAGGAGGAGUCCAUGUCGGACCAUGAGUACUACAACGACCUUCAGCGCGAGCUGCAGCCCCUCCGCCGGAACGAGACCACUGUGUGAACUGUAACACAGAAUCAUCCCACUGAUCUCUGACUUGUUUAGUGACUUUAUUUACUUAAUAGUGCCACGUGCACGACCUGUGCCAUUGAUUCGAUGGCUAGUGUUAGAUCGUUGAAACAAUUUCUGAUAUGAAUUUUAUUGUAGUUAUAAAAAUACAGUUUGUUAAUUUUUUACUUAAAAUGUAAAGGUACUGUUAUUUUUAAAGUGUAUAUUAUUAUAAUUUCUAUGACGUGCACAUCCGAUGCACUUAACAAAAUAUAAGUUAUUUAUUAAUUUAGUUUAAGGACGGCUAUGUUUUAGGUUUUUAGCGCUAUCUUUAAUUUUAGCGCAUUUAUUUUAAAGUUUAAACUGUGAUAAUUAGUUUAAUUUCAAUUUACAACCAGUGAACGGUGGGUGUAGAGUUAGAUUCGUAUGCAUUAUGGACACAGCGAGUUAAUACGUAUAUAUCAUUUGCCAUUGAUUUUCUAGUACGUAGGUACUGCCGCUAUUCGCUCAUUUUUUGUGUAGUGUUUUUGUUACAUAAAAUUUCCUAUCAGCAUUUAUUUCCGAUGCAUUCCUUAUCCGUAUAAGUGAUAAGCAGCAAAUAUUUAAAGACAUUUUAAAUGUUAUAUGUGUUUACAUAGUUGUUAUAUUCCACAUUUUAAUUAGAGAAUAAUCAGUAAUAAUCAUACUUAUAUUACAAAAAAGACAUAUUAAAGUAGAUGUUUUCGAAAUAUUACCUUAAGCAUUUGGAUACUAUGUAUGUUGUGUAGGUACAAAGCUCAUUUAUUGUAAGUUAUUUCAUUUGAUCUUGCCAUUGUUAUUCCGGUAGCUAGAGAUGUGAACCAACUCUUCUAUAACACACAGCUAGUGUUUUCUUGGCUCUAGUGCCGAAUAUGGCCGCGUCUUGCAUCGUUGACCUCCCACUCUAUACCUGCAGCUCUUUAUUAUAAUGUACAUAGUAAAUGUUCAUACAUUUUAUGUGUAGCAAAGCUUAAAAAGACAUGAUUUUAGAGGGGCGAUACCCCAUACCACAAAAUAAGCUCAAAUGUUUUUACUAAAAUGCAAAUUCUUAUUACUUUAGAUUAUUGUUUCUUUUAUGACCAAACUCCUUCGUUUGCCAUGUAACAUGUAAAUAAUACGCUAUUGUAUAUAAUAUAUUAUUUUACGUAAUAAUUUCCAAUUUACGUUUGUAUGAAGUAGUAACUACUCAUAUGAAAUACCAUGUGUAAUUUUAUGUUGUUUUUUUUAUUAUCUUGUAUCAAAAAUGUUCUAAAUUAUUUUGUGCCAUUAAAUGAAAUAGGUACUGGAUAAAACAGGGUGGAUAGAACAAUAAAUGGAUCGAGAGGAAACUAGAAAGGGACAACUUGAUUUACGUUUUAACUAAGUACGUAUUUGGCAGCAUCAAAAACCACGUAGAAACUCCUUUCAAACUCAUCGAUCUUCCAUACAUUUUAUCCGCCACGUUUUAUAGUACAAUUCAUGACUAGUAUCAAUGUGUUAUUUUAAUGUUUAUUGAUUAUGAAUCGUUAUUAAUAUACGUAUUAUGUGACUUACUUACUAAGCACAGUUACAGCUGCUUUUCAUGUGGACGUAAUCAAUAGAUGUUUUAUUAGAUGAUCAAAUACCUACAUUAUAUCGUAUAAAAAUCGUAAAUUUUAAUCUUUACAUGGCUAACAAUAUGUUCAAGUUCAAUGUAGAUAGUAGGAUCGUAGAUUGUCAAUGUUGCGAUGCUAUUGUAGGUACAUGUACCUUCAUAAAUGGAAUAUA